UUUCAUUACUUCCCUCUCUACUAAACCUCCAACUGCAAGACCUUAAGCCUCUCCUCCUACCAGAGAUGGCUCUCUUCCAAACCCACACUCUUUCUCACACAAUUCCUUCACUUCCACCUCUCUCUUACUUUUCAUCGAAAACCCAUUUGCAAAACUCACUCUUUUUCUCUACCACAAACGUUAGACCUUUCUCACUUUCAACACAACCAAGAAAGCUGCUUUGCAAACCCACACUUGGCAAAUAUGUCAGAGAAGAUUAUCUUGUGAAGAAGAUGUCUGCUCAGGAAGUAGAGGAGCUAGUAAGGGGGGAGAGAAGUGUACCCAUAAUUAUUGAUUUCUAUGCAACAUGGUGUGGGCCCUGCAUUUUGAUGGCUCAAGAACUUGAAAUGCUAGCAGUUGAGUAUGAGAAAAAUGCAAUUAUUGUCAAAGUUGAUACUGAUGAUGAGUAUGAAUUUGCACAUGAUAUGCAGGUUAGAGGGCUGCCUACUCUGUUCUUCAUCAGCCCUGAUCCAAACAAAGAGGCAAUCCGAACUGAGGGCCUCAUUCCUAUACAAAUGAUGCGGGAUAUCCUAGAUAAUGAGAUGUGAAGAAGAACAAGAGUGAUUAUUUACUGCUAAGGUACUGGAUUUUGCUUCCAAGUGUUAAUACAUAUCUUCUCGGUGCCGAUUUGAUGCAUAAUGUAGUUCCAAAGUUGUAUUAUGUUGUACCAAACCUUUUGAAUGGAGUAAAACCAUUUUUUGGUGUAUAGAUGGCAGGGCAAAGACUUAUUCUUUUUCCAAAGAUUUCAUAAGCUUUUGGACAAUAGCUCUAAUCGAAUUGAUUAUAUUAUAGUAGUACUAGUACUAAUA